AAGGAGUAACAGAGCAGGAGAGGCCUUCCAACUCCAGUGCUUUUGUAGUUAGAAGAUAGUCUUAUAUUGGCAAUGCUUGCAAAACCUUUUUCUAGACCUAAUAACACAGCAGUCUCAUUCCUUUUAAGAAUGUGGAAGCAUCUCUUUGGAGCAUAGACAUCAUACACAAGUGCUUUGUUGGUAUUUUUGCUCAAGGACCAAGGAAUGGUAAAUGAUCCUGUUGUCCCUGUGAGGUAGUGAGAAGCUCCUUGAAUUUGGGUUCCAAGUACAAGUUCAGAAUCCAGUUUCUCUUAACUCUGUGACUCUGGAUACAUUAUAUUACCCUCCUUGCUGGUGGUUCUGUUUGGAAGAUGGAGGUAAUAAACCUGCCCUGCCAAACUUCCAAAUAUCUAAGGGGUCUCAAAUGUGCAUUAGAACCUUUGUAAACCUUUUGGCAGUAUGAUUAUUGUACUAAAGUGUUUCAUAAACCGUUGCUAUUUGGAGAACUAAUUAAGAGGGUACUUUGUCUUCCAGUUCUUGGCUGUCCCCUGCCCUGGAGCUGUGGGUGUAGCCUCUGCCUCAUCUCCACCCUUUGGUAUCACUGUCUUUUAUGAACCUAGAACUUCAGAAUCCACUCCAUUUAUUCAUAACGGUAGCAAUGUGUAGCCCAUAAUUAAAUAUCAAUACCAAGGUGACUCCUGUGUCAUGAAGUUUUAUCAUCUCUAAUCCUUGGUGUGGGCACCAAGUCUUUCCUUUUCCCAAUCAAGACCAGGCCUUGACUGCUCAGUAGGACUAGAGUGGAUGCUCUUGGUUCCUUGUGAUGAUAAGAAGCCAUCACGAUCUGGUGAAGAUCAGAAGAUGAGAUUGUUCCCCAUAUCACUGCCCCCCACCUGUAAAUGACAGGUCUUAUUUGUAAAAGACGGGGUCCAAGUUCCCUUUGCAUAGUACUUGGAUUUGUUUCUCAGUAUCUCGAUAACUCUACAAGAAACAAGAUAUACUUGGUAUAUCUUAGACUUCUAAUGGUUUAGUAUUGUGGUUUCUUAGUGGACUUGACAGGUAACUCCUGCAUGUUGCAACAUAUUUUUUUUCCAUCUAAGAAGGAGGUGCCGAAGUCUCAGAUGGUUUAUGUAAUGUGUAUGAAACUUAACUUGGCCCAGAGCUCAUCGUACAUAUUUUGUAAACAAUAUUGGCUUGAAUCAGAGGAGUGGCAACGUAAGAGUUGUUUAAGCAUGUUGGUUUGAAUCAUUCUGCUGUACACCCACGAACCGUGUUCCUUACGUGGUAGAAGUAGAGCCUAUGCCUAGCUUUUCUGUCCAGGUUCUGAUAGUGGAUCAAUUGAAAAGGCUGAAGGUAGUGUUGGGAGAGAUUCAUGCAUUGCUUUGCCACCCCUUUCUUCCUAGCUUCUUGAUUUUUGGACUCUGACAUGAGUACAGGCUCAUUUUUGCUUCGUUUGCAAGUGUAUUUGGGACAGGAAAGGGCUAGUGGAAGUUGAAGUCUAAUAAUUAAAAGUAAAAAUAAAAUUAACUUGUUUGUACAUUUAGCUCUCAUCCCAUUGUACAAACUUGGACUAAAUGCAGUGGUGCCCAUUCUUUCGCAGGCAGUAAUAAUUAGAUUUUGAUGUCACAUCCUUGACCUUUUGGUAAGAAGGAAGCACUUUGUUUCCCGAGCCUCUUCAAGAAUACACUUCGCCAGCAGAUGUCCCUUCCUCUUUAUGGGCGUGACUGGGACAGAGGUUCCAGGAUGGCUUCUGCAUCAACAUCUAAGUAUAAUUCACACUCCUUGGACAAUGAAUCCAUUAACAAAGUGUCUCAAGAUGGCGUCAGUCAGGAUGUGAGCGAGACUGUUCCUCGACUCCCAGGGGAAUUGCCAAUUACUGAAAAAGAAGUUAUUUACAUAUGUCCUUUCAAUGGCCCCAUUAAGGGAAGAGUUUACAUCACAAAUUAUCGUCUUUAUUUAAGAAGUUUGGAAAUGGACUCUGCUCUACUCCUUGAUGUUCCUCUGGGUGUGAUAUCAAGAAUUGAAAAAAUGGGAGGCGCGACAAGUAGAGGAGAAAAUUCCUAUGGUCUAGAUAUUACUUGUAAAGAUUUGAGAAACCUGCGGUUUGCAUUGAAGCAGGAAGGCCACAGCAGAAGAGAUAUAUUUGAGAUCCUCAUAAAACAUGCCUUUCCCCUGGCACACAAUCUGCCAUUAUUUGCAUUUGUAAAUGAAGAGAAGUUUAACGUGGAUGGGUGGACUGUUUAUAAUCCAGUUGAAGAAUACAGAAGGCAGGGCCUGCCCAAUCACCAUUGGAGGAUAACUUUUAUUAAUAAGUGCUAUGAACUCUGUGAGACAUACCCUGCUCUUUUGGUGGUUCCCUAUCGGACCUCAGAUGAUGACCUUAGGAAAAUUGCAACUUUUAGAUCCCGAAAUCGGAUUCCUGUACUGUCGUGGAUUCACCCAGAAAACAAGAUGGUCAUUAUGCGCUGCAGUCAGCCUCUUGUCGGUAUGAGUGGUAAAAGAAACAAAGAUGACGAGAAAUACCUGGAUGUGAUCAGGGAAACUAACAAACAAACUUCUAAGCUAACGAUUUAUGAUGCACGACCCAGUGUGAAUGCAGUGGCCAACAAGGCAACAGGAGGAGGAUAUGAAAGUGAUGACGUAUAUCAGAACACGGAACUUUCUUUCUUAGACAUUCAUAAUAUUCAUGUUAUGCGAGAAUCUUUAAAAAAGGUGAAAGAUAUAGUUUAUCCCAACAUAGAAGAAUCUCAUUGGUUGUCCAGUUUGGAGUCUACUCAUUGGUUAGAACAUAUCAAGCUUGUUCUGACGGGUGCCAUUCAAGUUGCAGACAAAGUUUCUUCAGGGAAAAGCUCAGUGCUUGUACACUGCAGUGACGGAUGGGACAGGACUGCUCAGCUGACGUCCCUGGCCAUGCUGAUGCUGGAUAGCUUCUACAGAAGUAUUGAAGGCUUUGAGAUAUUAGUACAGAAAGAGUGGAUAAGUUUCGGACAUAAAUUUGCAUCUAGAAUAGGUCAUGGCGAUAAAAACCAUGCUGAUGCUGACCGAUCUCCUAUUUUUCUUCAGUUUAUUGACUGUGUGUGGCAGAUGUCGAAACAGUUCCCCACAGCUUUUGAGUUCAAUGAACGCUUUUUGAUUACCAUUUUGGAUCAUCUGUAUAGCUGUCGAUUUGGUACUUUCUUAUUCAACUGUGAAUCGGCUCGAGAAAGACAGAAACUUACAGAAAGAACAGUUUCUGUAUGGUCGCUAAUUAACAGCAAUAAAGACAAAUAUAAAAACCCCUUCUAUACAAACGAAAUCAAUCGGGUUUUAUAUCCAGUUGCCAGUAUGCGUCACUUGGAACUGUGGGUGAAUUAUUACAUUCGCUGGAAUCCCAGGAUCAAGCAGCAACAGCCCAACCCAGUGGAGCAGCGGUAUAUGGAGCUCUUGGCCUUGCGUGAUGAUUAUAUAAAGAGGCUCGAGGAAUUGCAGCUGGCCAACUCUGCCAAGCUUCCUGAUGCCCCCGCUUCGCCUUCCACUUCUUCACAGAUGAUGCCCCAUGUGCAAACUCAUUUCUGAGGGGAUCUCUGGCACUGCACUUGAACUCUAGAUAAGUGAAAUAGCUGACCUUCAUUCUGGGCAUGUGUACAAAGUAGAUUUAAAGCAUCUGCCUCCAUUUAGAAGUUGAACUAACAUCUUGGACUUUUGAGUAUGUGCCUUCUGAAAUACAAAUUACAAGAAAUCUACAGUGUCUGUGUGGCAAUCAUAAGGAAGGAGUCAAGAGGGGGUUCUGUAAAAUCCUCACACUUUUUUUUUUACAAAGCACUUUUGCAAAGAUAAAAGUUAAAUUUAAUUUACCUCUAUAUAAAUUCUACAUAUACAGUAUGUAUUUUGUGGGCUUAAUUGAAAUAUUAUUUUAAAUCCAGGGGGGAAUUUGUUUGUAAAAUGGAUUUUCCUCCAGCUGCUUACAACAGUUGCUUUGGAUUAUCUGAAAUUAAUCCAAAUGUGAAAGAUGGGUACUACUGCCAAAGCCAAAUUGCACUCCGCUUCUUCGGCAGAUUCCAAAAUCUAGCCAUUUAAAAAUUGCCAAUUUUUAUGCCACCAAAAGUGGCAAGGUAAAAAGAAAGAUGAGCAUAUCAUCAUUUUGAAUUUUUGAAAAUAAAAGGUUCUCCCAUCAUUUUUCAAGAGAAGCAUAUUUUUAUAUUAAGAAAAGCAAGAGGUUUGAUAUUCUUUCCCUCAGCAUUCUCAGCUUUGCUUUCUAAAUUAUCCCAUGAGCUUGUCUAACACUGAGUCAUACUCAGGUUGAAGCAAACCCAUAAAUAGCACUGUGUGAGAGGCUGGCUGUCUUCUGCUGCUUAGGGAAAUAUGUUCGCAAACAUGCCUCUAGUCAGUUCGGCUCAUCUGCUGGAGUGGAGGAUGGAUGAGCUGUGGCUAGAGCAUCUUUCUGUACAAUAAUGCCCCAGGUGUACAUUUUUGUGUUAUUCUGUAAAGCAUUCUGUUUAUGUGUCUCUGUUUAAAUGGUGUUGGGUUCCCACCCCCACAUGUGUGCAUAAAAACUGGUUCUGCACAUUAUUACUUGAAGUACUGGGCAAUUUGCUUUUUCAGGUUUUGUUUUUCAUUUUGUUUUGUAGUAUGAAAUGAAAUUUUAAAUGCACAGUUCUAUUUGAUAUCUGAACUAAUUCAUUUAGUAAAUAUAUUUGUAAAGGCUAAAGUUAAAUCAAUUAAUGUUUUACAGUGAUUUAUAAAGGAUUAUUUAUAGCUAAUAUGGUUUUGUUUUCAGUGAAUUAAGAGAUAUUAAAUUUAUCUUUGUAAAUUAUUUUAUGUCAUAGCUUAAUGGCCUAUCCAAUGAGACAUCUCAAAUAUAGUAGUAUAAUGUAUGGAUUUUGUAAGUAUAAAAAUUAUUAGAUAUUCUUUUGCUUUUUGUAAAUGCUGUAAAUAUUUCAUAAAUUAAAAUGUAUUACUCCAUAAGAAGAAAAAAACUAAUACUAAUAGUUCACAGGAGUUUGUGAAAUUUCAUGAAAAUAUUUUCAUGGCAAUAAAUAUUAAAUGUAUUAACUAAAA